UCCGUUUCUUCCUCGCCUCCGUCUUUUAAUUCACCUGGACAGAAUAACCCGCCUCUGGCACACGUUACAACCCGCUCCGUUUUCCAGGACAGGUUUAUUCAACGGAUUCUACCGCAAAGAUGUCAUUCUCUCCACAAUGCUCUGAAAGAAGAGGAAAAAUGUGCACAUGCCUCAGGGAUCAGAUAAUUUCAAGUGUCAUUCUUACUGAAAUCUUUUCCUGACAUGGCGCAUGACAAAUAACACUUGCACUAUUUCAUCACAGCAACAAUGGCUUCAACCAAACCUCAUCAUCGGCGAGAAAGCAUGGAGGAACCGCUUACCAUGUCAUCCUUUAUUCAUCUCCGUGAGGAACUGAAUAGACUCCAUAAAGAUUUUUCUCCUGAAUGCAACAAGCAUAUAGAUACAAUAAAUAAUCUCUUAAAUGAGUUAGAAGUAGUUUACUUACCUUCUGCUUGCAGCUCUGUAGCAGGAGCGAGGGUGGGGAGAUAUGGACUGGCUAUCCUGUUUGUGGGAUUAGCUUUAUUUGUAUUUAAUGAAGAGGUUUCUGCAUUUGUUGCUGCAGCAGGGGCAGGUAUGGCUGUAUUUGGUGCAUUUGCAUUUGCUUUUGGGCGAAACAAGAAAACACAGAAGGAGAACUUGAAACGAACCAUUAAAGAGGAACUAAAGGGAAUUCAGGAUAAAAAUUGCUCUAUUAUUGAUGUAAUGGAAAAAAUCUGUCAACAUUCUGUGGAAAUACUGAGAAAUGCGGGGCUAUCAGAACACAAAGCCCAGGCAUUAAGUGAACAUUUUGCCUACCGCCUUGAAAAAAGGCACCUCAUUCAGGAACAUGACAGCAGUAAAGUGGGUGUCCAGAUGUCUAAAAUCGUGCAUUUGUCUGGAAACCUUGCAGAAAUGAUCACCAAGGUUAGUUCUGUGCCAGAAAUCCUCAAAGAGAUUAUCGAAGACAACAAGAGGCGACAUGACAAACCUGCUAAACCAACACAUGAACAAAUAAAUAAAAUGGAGAAAUUCAUUAAUGAUAUCCAGAAAGGAAUUUCUGGGUUAAAAAACAAUGUGAAAGAAAUUGGUCAAAUAGCAGAAAAAAUAACAAAUCUUUGAAUUCAACAAAAUGAAAAAGUAUGUACUGCUGAGACACAAUUUGUUACUGGAUCCACCUAACAGGGGACAACACAAAUGGAGAGCAAUAUUACAUUGCAGUAUUGAAAAAAUUCAACAUUUCAUUGUCCUACAACAACUGAUGUUAUCAUUGUCAAACAUUAAUGUAAAUAAAGGAAAUUGAUACUUUGUUAAAUGCAGAAAUCCAGAAUCCAAAAGUAGAUGUUAUUUUGUGCAAAUUCUGUUUUAUAUUAAUCACUUUCAUAACAAAACUUGUAAUAAAAUGUACACACAAAAAUUUAAACUGAAAAAAGUAAUUGUCUUUAACCCUUUAAACCCUUACCAAAUUUUUUUUUUUUUUUUUUUUUUUUUUUAGUUGGGGCAAUAAUAAAUCUGAAUGAUUUCACUUUCCUUCAUUGUCCAAUGUGAAACCUCAAGUCAAAUGUACUGUAAAAUGGAUUUGUUCUGGAGGACCUAUUAUGCCUAUUUUUAUAAAAUGUAAUUUAAGUCUCAUUUGUCCCAAGAACGUGUCUGUGAAGUUUCAGCUUAAAAUACCCCACAGAUCAUUUAUAAAUCCAUGUUGUAAAUACCAAUUUCUGACUACAGUCAAGAACAGCCUGUUUUUGAGCAUGUGCCUUUAAAUGCAAAUGAGCUGCUGUGCCCCGCCCCCUCUCUAAUGCCUCAACAGGAUUCUCUGCCAAAUAGAUUAAAUAUAUAUUAAUAAU